GAGAGCGGGGUCUCGGCGGGGAGCCGGGGAGCGCGCAGGGCCUGGCGAGCCAGGUCGCCCACCGGCCGGCGGGCUCCGGGGUCCGCGGGUGGCUGCGAAGCCGGGACCUCUCCUUCCGGCGGGGGAGCGGCGUGCACCUCGCUCUCCCCGCCCCCAGCCUCGCCCCGGGCGGGGCCAGCGCGGCCGGGCUCCGGGCAGCGCACUCACCGCUGCGCGCACCCUCCGUCUGGUCUAGCCUGACGAUGCCCCCGCUGGCCACCGUGGUGUGCAGUGCCCGUGCCCGGCUCUUUGCUGGCCUCCUCCGGCUGGGCACUCAGCACACCGGUCCCCUCCAGCUGCACACGGGAGCCAGCUGUGCAGCCAAGAGCCACUAUGAGGUGCUGGUGCUGGGGGGCGGCAGCGGCGGGGUCACCAUGGCUGCCCGCAUGAAGAGGAAAGUGGGCGCAGAGAACGUGGCCGUUGUUGAGCCCAGCGAGAGACACUUCUACCAGCCCAUCUGGACGCUGGUUGGUGCGGGUGCCAAGCAGCUGUCGUCAUCUGGUCGACCCACAGCCAGUGUGAUACCAUCUGGGGUGGAAUGGAUCAAAGACUGCGUCGUGCAGCUCGACCCGGACAAGAACCUUAUCCACACUGACAGUGGCAAGCAGAUCUCCUACAAAUACCUUAUAAUUGCUCUCGGAAUCCAGCUGGACUAUGAGAAGAUCAAGGGCCUGCCUGAGGGUUUUGCGCAUCCCAAAAUAGGGUCCAAUUAUUCGGUGAAGACGGUGGAGAAGACAUGGAAGGCGCUGCAGGACUUUAGGGAGGGCAACGCCAUCUUCACCUUCCCGAACACGCCUGUGAAGUGCGCCGGAGCCCCGCAGAAGAUCAUGUACUUAGCGGAGGCCUACUUCAGGAAGACUGGAAAGCGCUCCAAGGCCAACAUCAUCUUCAACACCUCUCUCGGAGCGAUCUUUGGGGUGAAGAAGUAUGCGGACGCCCUGCAGGAGAUCAUCCGGGAGAGGGACCUCACCGUGAACUACAGGCGAAACCUGGUCGAGGUCCGUGCUGACAGGCAGGAGGCCGUUUUCGAGAACCUGGACAAACCUGGAGAGACCCAAGUGUUUCCUUAUGAAAUGCUGCAUGUCACACCACCAAUGAGCUCUCCAGACGUCCUCAAGACGAGUCCUGUGGUGGAUGCGGCUGGCUGGGUGGACGUGGAUAAGGAAACACUGCAACACAAGAAGUACCCCAAUGUGUUCGGGAUCGGGGACUGCACCAACCUACCCACAUCCAAGACUGCUGCUGCAGCAGCUGCCCAGUCGGGAAUACUGGACAGAACGAUUUCUCUGAUUAUGAAGAAUCAAACACCAGUAAAGAAGUACGAUGGCUACACUUCGUGUCCCCUGGUGACUGGCUACAACCGUGUGAUUCUGGCAGAAUUUGACUACAGAGCUCAGCCCCUGGAAACCUUCCCCUUCGACCAGAGCAAAGAGCGGCUCACCAUGUACCUCAUGAAAGCCGACCUGAUGCCUCUGCUGUACUGGAAUUUCAUGCUGAGGGGCUACUGGGGAGGACCGGCCUUUUUGCGGAAGUUGUUUCAUCUGGGGAUGAGUUAAAGAUGGCUCUGCCCUGAAUCUUUUGGAUGGCUUCUGGGUCAGAACUGCAGUUCCCAAAUUGACCGAGAAUGGCAUGAAGGGCUGUCCCAGCCCUGUGAAGACUGUCUCGCUGGACAAUGGUAACUUUAUGACAUCCCUCUGCCAUCACGUGGGUUGACCAGAAUGAGAUCAAUUCUUUGGAAAUAUUCAAGAAUCGACUUCUGUUUUCUAAAUAAAAGUUUGUCAUUUCUAUGAGAAAA